AUGAGAGGCAACAAGGUGAGGAUGCUCUCCGCGGUGCUGUUGGCGCUGCUCUGCGUGGCCACGCACGUCGAGCUUGCGUGCGGAGGUUUCGGCGGAGGGAGGGGUGGAGGAGGUUUCGGCGGCGGGAGGGGAGGAGGAAGUUUCGGCGGCAGGAGGGGAGGAGGAAGUUUCGGCGGAGGGAGCGGUGGAGGAAGCUUCGGCGGUGGGAGGGGAGGAGGAGGUUUCGGCGGCGGGAGGAGUGGAGGAGGUUUCGGCGGAGGGGCCAGCGGCGGGAAGGGUGGAGGUUUCGGGAAAGGUGGCGGCAGCGGGAAGGGUGUCGGCGGCGGGAAGGGAGGCGGCUCGCGCGGGAAAGGAGGCUCCUCGACCCUUCCGUUCAUCGGCGGCGCGGGCGUCGGCUCAGCGGGGGCGUACCUGUACUACCACCACCACCACCACCACCACGACAGCCACAGCGCUGCAGCUGGACCGCGUGGCCGCGGCCUCAACUGGAGGGUCUUCGGUGCCGCCGUGACCCUUGCUGCCGCGGCGCUGAUCUGGUGGCGCUGA